UGGCCAUAUCGUGCAAGCCGGUGAGUUAGGUGGCGUACAACUUCACAUUAACGAACUGGACCGGACAUUUUCCACUUCGUUUGUUUCCGCCUACUUCCGUCUUUCAAAUUCAAGAUGGCGACCAACAAGAGAAAGCAGGAUGAGAAACACCUCAAAAUGUUACGAGAGAUGGUGUCCCUUCCACACAACAAACAGUGCUUUGACUGUGGCCAACGAGGCCCUACCUACGUGAAUAUGACGAUAGGAUCUUACGUGUGCACAUCUUGUAGUGGAAUAUUACGUGGCCUGAAUCCCCCAUACAGAGUAAAGUCAAUUUCUAUGACUAGUUUUACUCCUGAAGAAAUGGACUUCUUACAGUGUCAUGGGAAUGAGUUUUGUCGGAAAGUCUACCUAGGUCUUUAUGACGCCAGAUCCACCCCUGAAUUUAAUCACAAAGACGAACAGAAAAUAAAAGACUUUAUGGUUCAAAAAUAUGAAAAGAAGCGCUGGUACGUGGCCCCUACGGAGAGUAUGAAAGAAGAGGCCAAGCAGUUGAAUACAGUGUCCAGAGACGACGGAACAAAACCUCUACGUACACUGGUAGGAAGUAAUGCACCAAAGCUAGUUAUACAGCCAAAUAAGUCCCAGCAAGGUAGUCAGCCACAGAGGAUAGCGGCCCCAGGUGCAAUACCUACUCCAUUUGCUGCUGCACAACAACAGCAACAACAACAACAGCCACAACAGCAACCAUCAGCAGCACAACCGCCACCCCAACAACAACAACAACAACAAGUACAGUCACCUCCACAGCAGCCACAACAACCAAAGUCCUCGGCUAUGGACCUGCUGGGGGAUUUAGGGGGAGACCCUUUUGCUGCUCCUGCAGCACCGCAAGCACCAUCUGGUGGUGGUUUUGCAGACUUUGGUGCAUUUGGUGGUCAGCCAUCUUUUCCUGCUGCUAGCCCUGCUCAGUCAACAUUUUACAUGCAGCCAAGAAUGGGAUUCUCCCCCAGUACCACCAUGUCUUACAACACUGUUCAGUCAUUAUUCAAUAGUGUUCCCCCACAGCCAUCUGCAGCAACUAAUGCAUUUGGUAGCUUUCCUCCUGCUGGCCAACAGGGUACCAUGCUAAGUCCCUCUAACCUAGCCACAGCCGCCCCUGCCGCUGCCCCAGGUCUAGGUGGCGCUCCGGUGCCCGCCUCCUCGUCUGCUGCCAUGACGUCCUCUACUGACAAAUAUGCGGCUCUCGCUGACUUGUUCAGUUCACCCGAGGCCGAGACUGCGCCAGUGGUGCAGAGCGUCAGCUGGGACGGGCCAGCAGGUGGCGCUGGCGGUGGUGGCGUGAAUUGGAGUAACCCUGGCACUGGGGGUAGUGUCGGAGGGGGUGGCGGAAGUGGUUGGAGCACUGGUGUAGGGGGCGCUGCAUCAUCAUUUGGGGCGACUUCGACAGCUAGCUCGUCUGUAUUUGGUGGGGCAGCUAGUAGCCAUUCCAAUGAUAAUAUCUGUUGGGGUCGAGUACCCACCAAUCCUUUUAUACAGAGAGGGCAACCCCAGGGUGCGGCAAACCCAUUUGGAGGAGGCCCCGGGGGUGGAGGCCCCGUAUCCUCAGCUUUUACUCAACAACCUGUGGCCAACCCCUUCAUGGGCGGGGCAGGUGGCGGUGGAGGGGGCGGCUUCCCUGGUGGUCAAGCUCACACCAGUAUGGCCACUGCUGGCGGGUUCGGUCAAGCCAGCUCGGGCGGUCAGUUCGGCCAGUUUGGUACACAGCAACCAGUGUCCACGGGAGCAGGUGGUUUUGGCCAGUUCGGCAGUAGUGCCCAGUCCACCCAGAUGGGAAGUCAGUUCGGCGGUCAGUUUCAAACCCAGCCCAUGAUGACCACUGCACCUGGCGGUCAGUUCGGAGGUGGACAGCAAUUUGGGACUGGGGCACAACAGCCCAAUGGUGCUUUUGGUGCCGGAGGUCAAGGCUGGGGUCAAGGUCAAGGUCAGAUGGGUGGUUUUGGUUCUAUGCCAGGACAGUUUAAAUCCCCAGGGAUGGCAGGGGGUCAACCAGGAGGGGGGUUUGGCAUGCAGCCACAACAAACUGUAGGAGGAGGAUGGGGGGCACAACAGCCUGCUGCCAACCCCUUCAUGAACAUGGCCGCCCAGCAGUCCACAGCUCCCAGGGGAGGUUCCACAAAUCCUUUCCUUUAACAUCUGAUAGUAUACCAUAUCAUACCGUUUAGAAUUCCAUAAUGCUCAGCCUUCUAUGAUAACUGUACUACGUAGCCAUGUUUGGGUCUCCCUGCUUGGAGAAUGUGACCAGUACUAGAACUGCCUUAACCCUUCUUAUAUUAUACAUUUGGGAGGUACUACAGUUAUAUAUAUAAAUAUAUGACCAGUUAUGUAUGACCAAAGUAUCUCUGCAAUUUGUGAGACCCGGAUAUAUUUGCUGCAAUUUAAGACGGUGGAAAUUUAACCAGAAGAUUGGACACAGGCAAAUUGUGCAUCAUUGUGAAAAAUGCUGUGUAUAAACUGAUCUGAUGGAGAAAGGUGAGACAAGGAAGGUGUUUUUUUGUGCAGUUUCAAAACUGGUCGAAGCAUUGGAACUGCUACAAGCAUGGUGGUCAGCCAUAUUGUGUAUCGUGGUGAUAAAAAGAUGUGCCACUCGAUAGAACAUUGUGAGACUGGAAGGAUUUUUGAUGCAGUGUGUGUAGAAAGGUGAACAUUAGACUAGGAACUUGUUGGAACAGUCAUGCUUGAAGUGUGUGACGUGAUAAAAAAAUGUAUUGAAACUGCAUGACACAGUCCACGAUGUCAUUGUGAAGGUGCUUUGGGACCAGUGCUGCCAUCUUUAGGAGAAAAUAAGUGUCUUGUUCGUUUAUGUCCGUAUUGCACUGAGCAGGGAAACCCAGUUGAAAGCAUCGGCUCCAGAGUAUUUCAAAAUUUUAUUACUGUGAAUGAUUAAGAUAUCCUGAAAGGAAGGCAUCGUAUUUAUAAGCACACUGCAUAGCAAGGGGCGAUUUAUGAUGCCUGUAGACUGCUCACUGUACUAACUUGUCUGGCACAGUGUAUUGUUACAAAUGAUACUUAAAUGCUUCGACGUAUAAAUUGCUAUAAUACAAACUUGUCUUGCUGCAAUCUAGUAAGUUUGUUUAUUUAAUCAGACUUUCCCAGUAGUUACGUAACCUUGUGACAGAAAUAUUCCAAAUGAAUAGAAAUGAAAAUUAUACCUGCCAACAUUUCACUUUAAAUAUAUAAUAAGUUACAGAAAUGAUAAGUUAUAAAAAAUCUACAGAAAAAUUGAAAAUCUUGUCAAAAAACCUGCUCGAGAGAGAGUCGGUGAUGUUUUCCUUUAAAUUGUGAUUACUCUACGUCCAGAUAAGAGCACAAUUAUGAGUAGUUAGAACGUUAAUAUUGCAACUAAAGGCAAGAAAAAAGUAUGAAAGUUUUUGAAAUUAUGGGAAAGACGUGAUGCUGAAUAUUAUGGGAUAACUUACCCAGAAUUCAUUGCUGCUUUUUGUUGUUGCACUUGCAAUGUCGUCUGUUAUGAAUGGAAAAUUAUAUGGUACUUUGCACAUUGAAGCUUAAUAUUCUCUUUCUUUUUGGUGUAAAGGUACUUCAAACCCAAGGUGUAUUUUAGGUAUAUUGCUUAUUUUCUAAUAUAUAUAUAUAAAUAUAUACAUAUGACUAUGAAAUAUAUUUAAUGUAAAUAGUUAGAAUGUACAAGAUAUUGUAGAUGUAAAUCUUGGGCUGAAUUUUUUAGGAUACCACCAUGUGUUGAUUUGGGUGGUGUAGAGUGGUUGAAAAGGGAUAUAAUUCAAGACUAUUUCAAGGACCCAGCUUAACAAUGUUAUAUUUAAAAAGGACUUCUGUUUGCACAUUUAUCUACUAACCAUGCUGUUAAGGUGGGGAUCAUUUUUUUUUUUUUU